AUGUCGCCAUAUUCGUCUGAAGAUGACUUGCCGGAUCUUGCAGCCAUUCUCGCUCCAAAGCCGCUGAUGGCGACAGGCACAAACACGUCUCUUCGGAGGUCGCCUCGAAAGCAGGCCGCACUGGGAGCAGACGUCUCACGAUCACCAGAAAAGAGAGACCGCGGUAUUCCCAGCCCCCGGAAACAGGUGCUGCCCAGCUCGAGACCGAUUGCCCGGGAGCACCUAUCUCCUGAGAAGUUGGCCGUAGCGAAGAAACCGCAGUCGUCCGUCGGACUCAAUGUUCCUCUGCUUCCUCGCAACUCAACGACCACCGAAGCCACGUUGAGGUUGAGCUCCAACAAUCUCCGUUCACCUGCCAAUGGCCGGCGUCCUCUGAAAGUCUCCCAUGUGGACUCGCUCCUUCUUCCCCUGAAGGCCAUGGCACUGGAAGAAUCCGACACACAAACUGGGCACGCAGGCCCUGUGGCAGAGGCAGGCAUGCGCUUUGUCAACAAGAGGGGGAAAGCGAUGAUGUCUGACUGGGAGAAAGCGACACGCUCUUCAAAGGCGGAAUCAGUCGCAUGCAAGGACCAGCCCCGUCGCGGCUACGCCAGUAGGUUUGUCCUGACGGAAGCUUGGUGUAAUGAUGAUGGCCUUGAUUCGAUGGACGAAGAAGACGAGGAUGAGGAUACGGACUUGAGUGGCUUCAUUGUGGACGAUGAUGCCGAGCUUAGCUAUCAUGACUCUCCAUCUUCGGAGUCUGACGACGACAAAGAAAUGUCAAGAAGAUCUCCCACUAGACCAGUACCACGUAGAAGGCUUCAGCGUGGUUCGCCGGCUCGAAGACGCCUCAGCUUUUCUCGACACGAAUCAAGCUCGCAAUCAGACAAGGAAAACGAGCCAGCCGAUAAAUUAUCACAUGCUCUGCAAGACAUGUGCCUCGACCACGAUAAGCAACACAAGAGAGAUGAAAGAGAGGUUGAGGUGAUCGAUCUUACUUCCUCACCAGUGCAAAAACCUGAGUUUGGGAUGAACACACGAUCCGAGUUGGACUCAAGGGAAUUUGCAAAGGCCAGUCCUCCGAAUCCAUUACCAGUCAAGUCCAUCCCCUUGGACGACCUCGAUGCAAUCUUGAAGCUCGAAGCACCCCUUCCGAGGCCUGCGCUGCUAUUGCCUCCCAAGAAUAUGCCCACCCAACGCGUUCUGGCAACGGAUGGAGAGGAUGGUAAGGGUAGAUCGGAUGACAGAGCUGAGGACGAAUCCGGGACACUGCCAGCCACACCACCUCGGUCACCCACGAAACUCAAGUCACCGUCUAAGCUGUUGUCUCCUUCUAAGCGCCAAACAAUCCCGCAGUCACCUCACCGUCAGAGUAUGGACUCGUUCUGGGAUCAUAACGUGAUCAAUGAAUGGAACGAUGCGUACUCGCCGAGAAAGGUGCCGGCCACGUCUCCAAGGAAACGACUGUUUGCUCCGUUCACCAUUUUUUCAGACUCGGAUUCGGAUUCGGCCUCUGAGAAGGAACAUAAGUUUAACGAAAGCUCAGACUCCCUUCCAAGUCCAUGUUCCUCACCACGCAAGUCAAAGUCGAGGCCUCAGUCACCAACGAAGAGUCCGGAAAAGGUGGAAAAGAAGCGUCUUCUAGAAGAGAAAAGGGCCGCUGCGAUUCGAAAGAAGGAGUUUGAUGCCCGGAAAGAGAAGAUGGCCAUCGACCUACUCCGCGAGCUUGACAUCAAUGUGGCAGAUUCGAGGCUAGGAAGCCUAUCUCACAGCACAGGCGGCGUCCAGAUCAAAUGGUCCAAGACUCUUCGAUCGACAGCCGGACGGGCGAACUGGAAAAGAACGGUGACCAGACUGUCCGGGUCUCCUGUGAAAGGAGGAGAGAACGAAGGACCCGGAGUCAACGUUCGGCACUAUGCUAGCGUUGAGUUGGCUGAGAAGAUCAUAGACUGCGAAGAUCGCCUCGUCAACACACUGGCUCAUGAGUUCUGCCACUUGGCCAACUUCAUGAUCAGCAAUGUGCGCGACCAGCCCCACGGAGCCUCGUUCAAGAGAUGGGCCGCCAAAGUGACCAGCCAUUUGCGUCAAAGCCAUGUCGACGUCUGGCGUCAGGUCCAAGUCACCACCAAACACAGCUACGUCAUCAACCACAAGUAUCUCUGGGCGUGUGUGGGCAGAGACCGGACGCCGGCCAUGGACUUUCUGAAUUUGGAUCAAGACGGUGGCUGUGGGGCCGAGUACGGCCGGCAUAGCAAGAGCAUCGACACGGAGAAACAUCGAUGUGGAAGAUGCAAGGGCCGGCUGGUGCAGGUCAGACCCAAGCCGAGGGCGAGUCCACAGAAGAAGUCCAAGACGGGGUCGAGCAGAGAGGGAAGUGUGGAGAGCUCGGGGUCUGGCUCGGGAUCGCGAAGCUCGAGCGACGGUAGGACUGGGAGUGUUUUGGGGUCCAUGAUCGAAGAGGUGGAGUUGAGUGAUUAG